CGGAAGAGGCGUGGCUUUCGUUAAGCGGCAUACCAGUCCACCGUUGUUCAUUCAACAUGGCAGCGGGACCAAUUUCGGAAAGAAACCAAGAUGCCACGGUGUACGUGGGCGGCUUGGAUGAGAAGGUGUCCGAGCCAUUACUGUGGGAACUUUUUUUGCAGGCCGGUCCUGUCGUCAACACACACAUGCCCAAAGACAGGGUGACGGGCCAACAUCAAGGUUACGGCUUUGUGGAGUUCCUCAGCGAAGAAGACGCCGACUAUGCCAUCAAAAUUAUGAACAUGAUAAAACUGUACGGCAAGCCUAUCCGUGUCAACAAGGCGUCGGCGCACAACAAGAACCUGGACGUGGGCGCCAACAUCUUCAUCGGCAACCUGGACUCGGAGAUUGAUGAGAAGCUGCUCUACGACACCUUCAGCGCUUUCGGGGUCAUCUUGCAAACGCCCAAGAUCAUGCGCGACCUCGACACGGGCAACUCCAAAGGCUACGCCUUCAUCAACUUUGCCAGCUUCGACGCGUCUGACGCCGCCAUUGAGGCCAUGAACGGCCAGUACUUGUGUAACCGACCGAUCACCGUGUCCUACGCCUUUAAGAAGGACUCCAAAGGCGAGCGGCACGGCUCGGCCGCCGAGCGCCUGCUGGCCGCACAGAACCCGCUGUCGCAGGCCGACCGGCCCCACCAACUGUUCGCCGACGCGCCGCCCCCACAGGCCAUCCCGCCGCCUGUGCUUACGUCCAUGGGUCCCGGAAUGGCCAUGGGGAUGCCACCGCCGGGGGUCUUCCCCCCGAUGCCGCCGCCAGGAUCCAUGCCGACCAUGCCGCCUAGCAUGGCAAUGCAUCACGCCCAUCAAGCGCAGCCGGGUCACCCACCAGGACCGCCGCCCUUCCCUGGCGCCAUGCAUGCCUUGCCUCAAAUGCCCAUGCCUCCUCCGGCACCUCCCGGCAUGGUGCCCCCGCCUCCCGCCCCGCCGGGCUCCGCUCAAGCACGGGCGCCGCUUCCUCCCGGCAUGCCCCCACCACCUAUGGGCAUGCCACACCGAGCCCCUUAUGGACCGCCCAUGGGUCACCCUGUGCCGCCUGGUAUGAGAGGACCGCCGCCUCCCAUGCCCCCUCCAGGAUACGGCGCCGCCCCACCGCGUCCGCCUCCCUUCGGCUUCCAGCGAGCGCCCCCCAUGCCGCCGAGACCGCCUAUCGUGCCACCUCGGGUUCCCAUAAGGGCGCCCAUGCCGCCUUAAUAUUCCAUUUUUUUUUCACCCUUCCUUUUUUCCCCUCCUCAUUUUUUAAUGAAAAAAAUUCAUUUGACAUUUGUAAGGUUGAUUUAUUUUAAUAGCUUUGUAUCUUGGGUGGGUCACUGUACAGAUGAAAGACCGCUGUUGAAUAAAACCUUGACUACAUGAAGUCCAAUCCAUUUUAAUUAGGAUGACUGGAAGUGUGAUCGUGUUUCAGUGCCACUGACGGCGAUGGAUAUCCGUUCCAUUUCCAGUUCAGGUAUAUGUAUUCACUAGUGCUGCAACGAUUAAUAGAUUAACUCGGGUCAUUUGAUUAGAAAAAAAAAAGCUUUGAUUCAAAUUUUGCUGCUUAAUUAUAGUGGCCUUGUCAUGGUUUGUUUUGAAAGUGUUUGCAUUUAGUUGUAUCUAUAUGGGUGGAUACACUGCCCUCUAGUGGCAACAGUGAACAUGACAACUCAUUUAACAUGUCUGAAUCCAGCUGCUCCCUGGUGGGACCAACAUAAGAUACGUUUUUGUUUGAGCCAAUGUUUUUUUUUAUGUAUUCAUAAUUCAGUUUAAGUUCAUCUCAAUACUUUGUCAUGUACCCUCUGUUGGCAAUAACGGAGGCCAAACGUUUUCUGUAACUCGUCACAAGCUUUUCACACACUGUUGCUGGUAUUUUGGCCCAUUCCUCCAUGCAGAUCUCCUCUAGAGCAGUGAUUUUUUUUGGGGCUGUCGUUGUGCAACCCGGACUUUCAACUCCCUUUACAGAUUUUCUAUGGGUUUGAGAUCUGGAGACUGGCUAAACCACUCCAGGACCUUGAAAUGCUUCUUACGAAGCGACUCCAUUGUUGCCCUGGCUGUGUGUUUGGGAUCACUGUCAUGCUGAAAGACCCAGCAACGUCUCAUCUUCAAUGCCCUUGCAAAUGGAGAUUUUCACUCAAAAUUUCUCGAUACAUGGCCCCAUUCAUUCUUUCCUUUACACACUUCCUUUAGUCGUCCUGGUCCCUUUGCAGAAAAACAGCCCCAAAGCAUAAUGUUUCCACCCCCAUGCUUCACAGUGGGUAUGGUGUUCUUCGGACGCAAUUCAGUAUUCUUUAGAGCAGUGAUUUUUUUGGGGCUGUCGUUGGGCAACCCGGACUUUCAACUCCCUUUACAGAUUUUCUAUGGGUUUGGGAUCUGGAGACUGGCUAAGCCACUCCAGGACCUUGAAAUGCUUCUUACGAAGCCACUCCUUUGUUUCCCCUGCUGUGUGUUUGGGAUCAUUGUCAUGCUGAAAGACCCAGCCACGUCUCAUCUUCAAUGCCCUUCUCUCGAUACAUGGCCCCAUUCAUUCUUUCCUUUACACAGAUCAGUCAUUCUGGUCCCUUUGCAGAAAAACACCCCCAAAGCAUAAUGUUUCCACCCCAUGCUUCACAGUGGGUAUGGUGUUCUUCGGAUGCAGUUGAGUAUUCUUUCUCCUCCAAACACGAGAACCUGUGUUUCUAUCAAAAUGUUACAUUUUGGUUUCAUCUGACCAUAACACAUUCUCC